AAAGCCUUCUUGGUUGGUAGCGAAACAAACAACGUCAGGCGUCAGCCGUGAACAUACGUGUUAAUUUAUUUAUUUAAAAUGACGGAAAUCAAAUAUUUAGUGCUUCUUCUAGCGUGUACUACUUGCACUUAUGGAGCAUCUUUCAUAACAAAAUGCAAGGUCGGUGACUCAAAAUGCGUGAAAAAUUCAGCACAAGCCGUCAUCCCGAUGUUCGCUGGCGGUAUACCAGAGUAUGGAGUCAAAACCUUGGACCCACUUAUCAUCAAAAGGACCGAUGCCAGCUCGCCAAACCUGAAGCUCAUUAUAACAGACUAUACCAUAACUGGAUUGAAGAACUGCGUAAUGAAGACAAUCAAAUUUGACAAGCCUAAGUCGAAAAUGUUUUUGAAGCUUUUGUGCUCUGGCCAGCUUGAGGGAACCUACGAUAUGAAGGGACAACUUCUGAUCCUCUCAAUUCAAGGAAAUGGACCGAUACACGUAACACUUCGAAAGGCUGAAAUAAACGUCGAGCUUGAUAUGGCUGAAAUAGAAAAGAACGGAGCUAUGUACUGGGACAUCAAAAACUGGAGACACAGCUACGAGCUAAAAGAACGAUCUGAUGUUGUGUUUGAAAACCUACUCAGUGGGAGUGAAGUACUCGCGCAAGCAGCCAACGAUGUUAUCAAAGAAAGUGGAAAUGAAAUUAUCCUCGAAGUCGGUUCUCCAGUCAUAAGAGACAUAGUCAAAGCAGUGAUUGAGAAUAUCAACGAAUUCUUCCACAACGUACCCCUCAAUGAGCUGACCUUGGACUUGGUAUCGAAAUGCAAUGCUUCAGAUAGCAAAUGCUUAAAGUCUGUGACUCAAGAUGCCAUAGGAAAAUUUGCUGCAGGCCUCCCUGAUAUAGGUAUCGAACCUCUGGAUCCAGUAGUUCUGGAUAAAGUGGAUGCCAGCUCGCCUAACCUCAAACUGAUACUAACUGAUAUUAAAGUAGAGGGCUUGAAGGAUUGUAUUGCUAAGAAAAUCGAGCGUGAUGUUGAACAUAAGAAAUUGAUGGUAACAUUGCAGUGUUCUAUAGAUUUGAAUGGACACUACGAUAUGAAGGGACGUCUAUUGUUCCUUCCCAUUGAAGGCAACGGCAAACUAAUCGUGAAACUGAAAAAAGCCGUCGUCAAGGUGGCAGGUGAGCUAUCAGAGAUCACCAAGGAUGGCAAAAUUUACUGGAACAUCAAGAGCUGGGAUCACGCAUACAAACUUCAAGAGAAAUCAUCCGUAGUAUUUGAAAAUCUUUUUAAUGGAAACGCAGCUUUAUCUCAAGCCGCAGAACAAGUGAUUAAAGAUAAUGGCAAUGAGAUCAUCGACGAAGUUGGCCAGCCCGUGAUUAAGGCAAUCCUUACCAAAAUCGUGGACGCCGUUCAGCAAUUCUUCCACUCCGUGCCCAAAGAAGAGCUGGCUGAUGAUUAAACUCCUAACGUUGGACUGUAAAAUGAACUGUUACAACAGAACUGCUACAUUGAAUGUGUAAUUAAACCGGUUACUCUUC